AUGGGUAUCGGCAUCCAGCUGGUGUUGUUGAUGUGGAAGAAUUUCAUGUAUCAGCGCAGGCGGAAGAUCCAGCUAAUUGCAGAAGUCCUGUGGCCCCUCUUCAUAUUUAACACCCUCCUUUGGAUACGGCGGGGUGAACCACCUUUGGAUCACCAUGAAUGUCACUUUCGAAACAAAGCCUUACCAUCCGCUGGGACUUUGUCGUGGAUUCAGAGCAUCGUCUGUAACAUGAAGAACCCCUGCUUACGGUACCCGACCACCGGAGAGACUCCAGGCUUGGUGAGGAACUUCGAACAUUCCAUCCUCUUUCGCGUGCUUGCGGAUACCCAGAAGAUCCUCCUCCAUGUGAAUAAGUUGACAACAGACGAGGCUUUCUCCCAGCUUCUGUCUACUUUGGGCCUGCUCAAUGGCAAGAGAAGACAGCGGACAGCAGUCCCAGUCAGGGCCUACUUGAGAGAAAAUGAGACCUAUGAUUCUCGGUUCCUUGAGGUGAACGCCUCUCACCCACCCGCCUCGGUGGAGGACCUGCUUGGGGCGGAGCUCAGCCCACGUGUGGAGCGUUUGAAGUCUGGAUCGGUGGACACGGAAAGAGCUCAAACGUUUCUGUACUUCGUCCUUCGACAUACUGCAUCGUUAGCGGAGGAGGUCUUCAACAUGACCAGCUUUGGGGAAUUCCGUGAGGCCAUGCAGAUUUCUGGGACUGGCGCUGCCUCUUCCCCUCUAGGAGCAUUUACAGCCAUGUCCGAGGUUAUGUGUGAUCACCCUGAAGGGGGCGACUCAAAUAUCUCCUCCUUCAAGUGGUAUGAGGACCACGACAAGUGGUAUGAGGACCACGACGUGAAAAGCUUUCUCAGUCACAACAGACCCGAGCAGAAGUCGGUCUCCUUGGACAACAAUAUGAGCCCCUAUUGCAAAAAUUUGACCCAGAGCUUGGAAUCUGACUCGUUCUCCCGCAUUAUAUGGCUCAGCAUCAAACCCAUAUUCGUCGGCAAAAUAUUGUACACCCCUGCUACACCUGCCACGCAGAAGGUCAUGGCUGAGGUGAACCGGACAUUCCAGAACCUGGCCGUGCUGCGGGAUCUGAGGGGAGCCUGGCAGGACCUGGGGCCCCAGAUCUUCGACUUCAUGAAUGCCAUUCAGAACCUUCUGGAAAGCCCUGGGGUGGCCCAAUACCUGGAGCGCCACCUCAGUGGAACGUACUGGAAUGUGUCAACCUUGAGGGAGUUCCUGUCGGGAGACUCAGCAGGUCGGGCCUACACUUGGCGUGUUGCCUAUGCUGAACUGGAUGAGGCUAUUCGUACCUUUUCCCAGUUUCUUGAGUGUGUCUCGCUGGACAAGAUCGAGGCGGUGUCGUCUGAAGAGCGUCUCAUCUCCCGAGCCAUGCGGCUGCUGGAGGACCGCCAGUUGUGGGCCGGAGUUGUGUUUCUGCCACCAGAGAACCAAAGAAAAUUUGGUCCAGACUUCCCAGCCCGCAUCCACGUGAAGAUCUACAUGGAUGUCUUUGAUACCGGCUACACCUUCAACAUCAAGGACAGGUUUUGGGACCCAGGACCGGCUGCUGAUCCCUUUGAAAACUUGCGUUAUGUCUGGGGCGGCUUCGUCUAUGUGCAGGACCUCGUGGAACAGGCGGUGGUGCGGGUUCUCUCUGGGAUGCCGUCGCUGCGUCGCACGGGCAUCUAUGUGCAGCAGAUGCCCUACCCCUGCUAUGUGAAUGAUUCCUUCCUGCAUCAUGUAAGCGUCUUGCUGCCUCUCUUCAAUACGCUGGCUUGGAUCUACUCCGUAGCCAUGCUCAUCAAAGGGGUGGUCCACGAGAAGGAAGCUCGUCUGAAAGAGACCAUGAAGAUCAUGGGGCUGAGGAGCACCACCCUCUGGCUCAGCUGGUUCCUCAGCAGCCUUGUCUUUUUCCUCAUCAGCAUCCUCAUCUUCGUCCUAUUCCUCCAGCAAGGAGACAUCCUGCCCCACAGUGACCCCAUCCUGGUCUUCCUGUUCCUGACCAGUUUUGCAAUGGCCACCAUCUCUCAGUGCUUCUUCAUCAGCACCUUCUUUUCCCGCGCCAACCUGGCUGCAGCUUGCGGAGGCAUCAUCUUCUUCUCCUUCUACCUGGUUCACGUCUUCUGUGGGGUUUGGAGCGACCAAUUUACCUUCCCUGUGCAGCUCUUGGUGAGCCUCCUGCCCCAUGUGGCUUUCGGCUUCGGCUGCCAGUACUUUUCCUUCUAUGAGGUGAAAGGGACUGGUGUCCAGUGGCACAACCUCUACUCCAGCGCCACGGAAGGAGAUCGUUACACGUUUGCCAUGUCUAUGGGGCUUCUUCUCUUCGAUGCGCUACUCUAUGUCCUGGCCACAUUGUACAUCGAAAACGUGUUUCCAGGUCAAUAUGGGAUCCCAAAGCCUUGGUAUUUCCCCUGCCAGAAGAGUUACUGGCUUGGGAGGUCCCCCAGCGAUGUCUCUCCUCACCCCUUUCCUACAGACCCUCUCGACUCCACAGAAGCACUGAUAGAGGAUCCUCCUGACCACUUAAAGGUGGGCGUCUCGAUCUACAACCUGGUGAAGAUCUACCCUGGCACCAAGAAGAUUGCUGUCAACAGGCUCAGCCUUGAGUUCUACGCGGGCCAGAUCUCAGCCUUCCUGGGCCACAACGGUGCCGGCAAGACCACCACCAUUUGCAUCCUGACCGGCCUGCUGCCCCCCAGUUCUGGCACCGCUUAUAUCUUGGGAAGGGACAUCUGCUCAGAAAUGGACACCAUCCGGAAGAAGUUGGGGAUGUGCCCUCAACACAACGUCCUCUUCGACAUUCUGACUGUGGAAGAGCACAUUUGGUUUUAUGGACGUCUGAAGGGCCUCUCUGAAUACCAAGUCCAGGACGAGAUGGACCACAUAAUAAGGGAUGUGGGGCUGCCCCACAAGAGAGAGGAACAGACCAAGAACUUAUCAGGUGGAAUGCAACGGAAGCUCUCCGUAGCCAUUGCCUUUGUGGGUGGCCCCAAGGUGGUGAUAUUGGACGAGCCCACAGCUGGCAUUGACCCCUACUCUCGCCGAGGGAUCUGGGAACUGCUGAUGAAGUAUCGCGCAGGCCGCACCAUCAUCCUGUCCACCCACUACAUGGACGAGGCGGACUUGGUCAGCGACCGCAUCGCCAUCAUCUCCCAGGGCCGGCUCUGCUGUUGCGGCUCCUCCCUCUUCCUCAAGACGAAGCUGGGCACGGGCUACUACCUGACCCUGGUGAAGCAAGAGAGGAGCCGUGAUACAGGUCAGGGGAGCAAAGAGAACAGCAAAUCCAGCGCCUGUGAGUGUGCAUGUGAUUGCCCUCUGUCCCACUCCUUUCACUCAUCUUCUGCUCUCCUUUCUGGCUUGGAAUCAGAUGUGCCACGGCUCACAACUCUGAUCCAGGAAAUGGUCCCGGGCUCACGGCUGGUGGAGGAUGUCGGCCAGGAGGUCGUCUACGUCUUGCCAUACAGCGGUGCCAAAGAGGGUGCAUUUGGGAACCUGUUUAAGGAACUGGACAGCUGCCUGGGUGAACUCGGCAUAUCCGGCUAUGGCAUCUCAGACACCAGCUUGGAGGAGAUCUUCUUGAAGGUGACUGAAGACACUGAUGUGGAGGAAGAAGAUGCCAAGGAGGCGACUGGUGGCCGGGCCAAACAUUUUUUAGCUGGGUGGAGCAGCCGGGAGGACAGGCAACGUGUCGUCUGCCACGUCUUCUAUGCAGAUGCUACCGAGGCCUCUCCGCCAUGCUUUGCUUUUAAUCCCUGGACCUGCAGCAAGAAGGCUAAGGAAGCCAAUGCCAAACCAGUCUACUGUGAAUACCAGGACUAUUACCAGAGGGGUCGAUAUGAAUAUUCCUCACUCUUCAGAUCACCAUCUCCAAGACAUCGCUGGGUGUACCAUCGCUACUCCUGUUCCCCCUCGGAUGAGGGUUUCUGGCGUUCUCGGUACUGUGAAUUCAAGGUCGCAACCCACAGCCACCGUGAAGCCCUUCGAGUCCGUGAACCUCCUCGGUACCGAGAACCUGUUAUACCCCGCACUGCUUCCGCCACUGUAUCUGCUGCUCCGGCCACGACUUCUACAUCAGCCAUGACUUCGACUGCCUUACAAGAAAAGUCUAAACCUUCCAAGGAACGUGCAUCUACAUCUGCACCUACCAAGCCUCUGAUCUCUCCUGCAACCGAGGAAUCCCAAUCCGACGGGGACAGCUCAGGCUCUUCUGACUCCAAAGAUCCUCCUGGCUCUCCUGCCACGGAUUCCAUGCAGCCAGCCCGUCUUUCUCCAUCGGACGCUGAUGAACCAACAGAGACGGAUUUCUUGAGUGGCGUGGGUGCCCAGGAUUCCACCCGCCUGACGGAAUGGGCACUGAUCUCCCAGCAGCUGUGUGCCCUCUUCAUCAAGAGGUUCCUGCAUGCCCGGCGUAGCAUUAAGGGAUUCUUUGCACAAAUUGUGCUUCCUGCCAUCUUCAUCUGGCUUGCACUGCUCCUCAGCACAGCCCUCCCGGUCCUUGGUGUUUUCUCGCCGUUGCCUCUCACACCCUGGAUGUACGACCCCCAAACGACCUUUUUCAGUGAUGACUCCCCCCCGGGUGAUGCAGACUCUGCUCGACUCCUGGAAGCCCUUCUGGAGGAACCGGGCUUUGGCGCCAAGUGCGAUUACUAUAGGCCAAUCGAAAAAGUUACAUGCCCUGUGGAAUUGGGAGAGUUUGUGGUCCCAGAAGUGUCUCCGUAUGUGGCGCACAUUUUUAAGAAUGCCAACUGGACUCUGAGAGACCCCUCUCCAGGAUGCAAGUGCGGUUCCAAGGAGGCUCGAAAGAUACUUCCUGACUGCCCUGAAGCAGCCGGAGGGCUGCCGCCACCGCAGAUGCAGACGGACACUGGUCACACCCUGCUGAACCUCACUGGGAGGAACAUCUCGGAUUACCUGGUGAAAACAUACAGCAGAAUUAUUCAAAACGAGAUAAAAACCAAGGAAGAGAUUGAUGAAAAGCGGUACGGUGGAUUCUCUCUGGGGGCCCGCACCUUGCAGGGUCUGCCAACCCCCCAGGCGGUGAACACCACUGUUCAGAAGGUCCGUGCCUUUCUCAGCAUCACUAAGGGAAGUUCUCUGGACAGGCUUUUCAGCAACCUUAGCAGCUUCGUUGAUGGACUGGAGUCCUCUGAGAAUGUCAAGGUCUGGUUCAACAACAAGGGGCACCACGCCUUAGUGUCUUUCGUCAAUUUAGUCAACAACGGCCUCCUCCGGGCCAGCCUGCCUGCGGGCGCAGACCGUUUGCGCUUCAACAUCACAACGAUUAACCAACCCUUCAACAUGACCAAAGAGCAGCUCUCAACGACAGCUGGGGUAACCUCUUUCCUCAACAUGCUGGUUGCCAUCCUUGUGAUGUUCGCCUUGUCCUUCGUCCCCGCCAGCUUCGUCCUCUUCCUCAUCGAGGAGCGGGUCAGCAACGCCAAGCACCUGCAGAUCGUCAGUGGCAUGAAACCCUGGGUCUAUUGGCUGGGCAACUUUGCCUGGGACAUGUGCAAUUAUCUCAUCCCAGCUGUUCUAGUGGUCCUCAUCUUCCUCUACUUCCAGCAGAAGUCCUAUGUGUCCCUGGCUAACCUCCCAACCCUGAUUUUGCUGCUGCUGCUCUAUGGAUGGUCCAUGACACCUCUCAUGUACCCAGCGUCCUACCUCUUCAGCGUCCCCAGCACGGCUUAUGUCACCCUGACGGGCAUCAACCUCUUAAUCAGCAUCGUCACCAGCACAACUACUUUCACCCUUGAUGCCAUUCCAAAUAAGAGACUGAAGAAGAUCAACAGCGUCCUGAAGGUGGUCUUCCUGGUCUUUCCCCAAUACUGCCUGGGCGAGGGAUUGAUCAUCAUGUCGAUGAGCCAAGACACGGCUGAUACCUUUGAGAGGUUUGGUGGCAACAUGAAUUCUGCUUCUCCGCUCAGCUGGGACGUGGUGGGGAAAAAUCUCUUUGCCAUGGCCGUCGAGGGCUUCGUUUUUUUCUUCUUCACCAUCUUGGUGCAGUACAGAUUCUUCCUCCGCUUCCGGCCUUCACCUCUCGACCUCCCUCCACUGGGCGAGGAGGACGAGGACGUGGCCAAAGAACGGAAGAGGAUUCUGAUUGGCAAGCACCGGGAGGACAUUGUGGUGCUCCACGACCUGACAAAGGUUUACAGGGCUCGCAGCGUUUUAAAAAAACCAGCCGUGGAUCGCCUGUGUGUGGGAAUCCCUCCAGGAGAGUGCUUUGGCCUUCUGGGUGUGAACGGUGCCGGAAAGACAACAACUUUCAAAAUGUUGACCGGGGACGUAGACGUGACUAUGGGAGAUGCAUUUUUGAAAGGAUAUAGUGUGCUGAAUGAUUUGCAGUCUGUCCACGAAAACCUGGGCUACUGUCCCCAGUUUGAUGCCAUCAACGACUUUCUUACGGGUCGGGAGCACCUCCAGUUUUACUGCCGCCUACGUGGGAUCCCAGAGAGUGCAAUUCCCAGGGUGGUUCAGUCAGGGAUAGCCAGUCUUGGCCUAACGCAGUACGCAGACAGACCUGCUGGCCAGUACAGCGGCGGGAACAAACGCAAGCUGUCCACAGCCAUCGCCCUCAUUGGAGCACCGUCUGUCAUCUUCCUGGAUGAACCGACGACUGGGAUGGACCCACGAGCCAAGCGUUCCCUGUGGAACUGCAUCCUGGGCAUGAUUAAGGGCGGCAGAUGUGUGGUGCUCACGUCGCACAGCAUGGAGGAAUGCGAGGCGCUCUGUACCAGAAUGGCCAUCAUGGUGAGCGGCUGUUUCCGAUGCCUGGGGAGCGUGCAGCAUCUGAAGAACAGGUUCGGAGAGGGAUACACGAUCAUGCUCCGGGUCUCUGGGACCAAACCGGACUUUCGUCCCCUGGAGAAGUUCAUGAAGGAUUCCUUCCCCAGCAUAGUUCUCAAGGAGAAGCACUACUCCACCCUCCAGUACCAGCUGCCGUUCCACGACUGUUCCCUGGCCAAGAUCUUUGACAUCCUCUCGGCUCACCAGGGCACCUACCACAUUGAAGAAUACUCCAUCUCCCAAACCACCCUGGAUCAGGUGUUUGUACAUUUUGCUAAGGAUGAAAAUGAUGAAGAACAUCUUUGGGGAACCCCCUCUUCAGUCUACCCAACAAACCCGAAGAAUCAUCGAAGAAACCCUUUCUGA